AUGGAGUCGGACUCUGCUCUUCACGGUGAUGUUCCCGAUGGCGCGGAAAUGUCCCCUCUAGUAGAAAACCCAACAGAAACACUAGAAGAAAAUGGUGAUAACAAUGGAGCAGCUGAGGAAUCAGAAUCUGUACCUACAGAAGAAGACGCAGCAACAAAUGGUGGUGCUCCAACUAGUAGCAGUGAUGUUUUGGAUCUAGAACCUGCUGGACAGCCGGUAGAACAUGAAGAACCACUUCCGCAUCAAGCUAACGCCGAAGCUGAAGAAGAAAUGGACAUAGAUGAAACUACCCCGGGAACUGUUGACGAAUCAGCAUAUAUCGGAGACAAUUGUUUAUCUACUCCAGCGGAAACUGAAGAUAAUUCACCACAAGAGGAGCACUCGUUACUUAAGGAUCACAUGUUAGAGGGUGAGGGUGAGGGAGAAGGUCUUGAAGGAGCCCAGGAGGAGUCUCCCGACCAAUCUAUAAGUUCGGCUUUACCAAUAGAAGGUGACGGCGCCCCUAUCAUACAAGAUGAAGAAUCUAGUACAAUGGAUGAAGAUAUGGGUGGAGGCGAGGGUGUCGCCAGCAGUGACGAUGUCAAUGAUAUAAGCAGUGCUGCCGCAGAAGUCCUAAGCACUGGCAUAAGUUCAAGUACCACAGAAGGUGCAGACAUUACAAGCAGUGGGCAAACUGAGGCGGCCCUGAUAUCAUCUACGGCUAACGGCCCUGCAUUACUGCAUUCCUUCUCUGUACUACCUCAACAGCAGCAAGCUAAUGAAUUCAGUGAUGCUGAUACAUCAGAGAUGGAAGGUGCUGCGGACACAAUGCCCUCAGUCAGUGAGUCAAUGCCGUUGAUCACUAUGACGGCGAAUGGAUCAGCAAUACUUUCACCAAACUUACUACAAGGUGAUGAGAGUGGUGCUGGUGUGUCUUCUUCGGUGGCUGGCCUCAGUUCUGAGAGCGGUGCGGGCGAGGGUGAGGGUGCUGUGAGCAGCUCCGGCGCCGCUCAGUCCGCUAACGGAGCCCCGCCUCUACCGCCCACGGACGCCGCUCACGCGCUUGCUACCCUUGCUAGUGCAGCGCUGCAUCAUCAACAUGAACAGAAUGAACCAGAAGACCAAAAGCCACAAAACGAUGAGGAUGUCUGGUACACAGUGGGCUUUGUCAAAGGAACCACAUUCACAGUACAAAAUUACAUAUCCGAUGCAAAUGUGGAUCUAUCAAGUCUCUCGUUGGACAGUUUGCCAGAUCUGUCGAACUUACCGACUACCCCGCUAGAACAUGGGACGGCAUAUAAGUUUAGAAUCGCUGCCAUCAACUCGUGCGGGAAGGGAGAAUUCAGUGAAGAGGCAGCGUUCAAGACCUGUCUGCCAGGGUUCCCGGGAGCGCCCUCUGCCAUCAAGAUAUCCAAGUCAGUAGAAGGCGCUCACCUGUCGUGGGAGCCGCCGCAGGUCGCCGCUGAUGGAAUCUUCGAGUACUCAGUAUAUCUAGCUGUGAGAUCUAAUCCACAACCAAAGGAGGCCUCAAAGUCUCAGCUGGCGUUCGUGCGCGUGUACUGCGGCAAGGCGAACACGUGUGUUGUGGGUCAGGCGUCGCUGGGCGCGGCGCAUGUUGACUCCUCAACCAAGCCAGCCAUCAUCUUCAGGAUCGCGGCUAGGAACGACAAGGGCUACGGACCAGCCACGCAGGUCAGGUGGCUACAAGAUAUAAAAUCUACGGGAGUGAAGCGAGCUGGUGAGGGCCGGCUGCCAGGAGCCUCGCCGUCGAAGCAACCAAAACAACUGUUGUACUAA